ACAACAGCAGAGUCGCUUGGCGACCGCUGACUUGUUUAAUCGGUACGAUAAAUCUCCGCAUCAAAAUAUUAAAAAAAUAUAUAAUAAUCCCUCUUCAACACAAACAAUAAAAGUUUUAAAAUAUCGCGACGCUGUUAUAAAACGUGUGCUCGAAAUUUGAAUUCACCGCGGGAGCUUCGCUUUGACGUUCAAACUUCAAAACGGUCAUGUUUUUGUGUCAAAUUUUGUGAACGUUAUGUGUUUGAGAAAUUUAAUAAAAUCACACGUAUCUAUUUACUUUACUGAGUUUCUGAGGACUUUUUAAUAUUAAAAGUUGGAAGUAGAUUUUAUUUUUUAUAUAUAAGUUACAAUUGGUCUUCCAUAGUUUUUCCCUAAAAAUAAAGUGCAAAUUGUAAGAAAUGGAGAAAUCCAACGGUUCCAGACUUCUGCAAAUACAGGCUAGAUUCCAGCAGAAACAGAUGCAAGAGCGUGAAUUGAAAAUUGCAUCUUUAUACGAGGCUCAGCAGGCGCGUGCGCUGGACAGGGUGCGACAUUCGCCCAGCAGCACGGCCACGUCACCGCCGCAACCACCGGCACCGGUCCCACAUCACCCGGGCAAGGUCAGGCAAAUGUUCGAGGAGCGGCGCACCAAAGCGGGGAUCGAUAAAAGCUAUCCGCUACAACCUAUUCAAAACACAGAACGCGUAAGGAAGCCACUACCGAAUGGUUACAGUAAAGUGACCACUACGACGGCUACCCGGAGCACAAUGGACAAGCGUUCUGUUAGGACACACAUCAAUCACGUCAAUACGCACACCGUGAAAAAACAACAGCACAAAACAGAAAACAUAGUGAACGGAUCUGGUGAUCUCAACCAUAACCAUGAACCAGAUCUGAAUCCUUCGAAACAUGUGCUGCCAAAAACCAACGGUGAGGUGCUAUCGCGUAUCAACGACUUUGAUCGUGUGGAUAACAAUUACCUUUUGGAGAAUGAGACCUUCCCAGACGCCCUCGCACCUACACCUACGCCCCGCUCCCCUGAACCGGAGCCAAAGAAGCCGCCGAGAAGAGCUCCUGCAACACGCAACAGUCCCGUUAAAACGAAACCACAAACUACACCCGUCGCCCCACCUAGAAGAACUACAAGUGAUAAUUCUGUAUCUGAGAGCAGUAAGGCCCGUGGGGCUAUGCAGAAAACUGUCAACACCGUACCUAAGCGGCAGGCAGCGAGUCCUACGGUCGCUAAGACUCGUUCGGGUGCAGUGUCGUCCAGUUCGGUUGCACCGGGUUCCGGUGGUUCUGGCACUCCGUGCGCCGUGUGCGGCCGCCGGUUCGCACCGGACCGUCUGGCCAAGCACCAGGAGAUCUGCAAAAAGGCCCACGCCAAAAAGAGGAAGCCAUUCGACGUGCUCAAACAUCGACUUGCUGGUACGGAAGCUGAAAGUUUUAAGGGUACAGAAGCGGAGCCAUUCAUCAACAAGUUACGCAAGACCGGUGGCAACCCGUCAACCAACAAAGUUAACACUAACGCUAAACCGUUGAACAACAACUGGCGGCAGAAGCACGAGGAAUUCAUUCAGGCCAUUCGCGCAGCCAAGCAGGUGCAAGCGCACCUUAAUGCUGGCGGUAAAUUGAGUGACUUGCCACCACCACCACCCUCUGAGAAUCCUGACUACGUGCAGUGUCCGCACUGCAGCCGUCGCUUCAACCAAUCAGCCGCAGAACGACACAUCCCCAAAUGCGCUAGCUACCAAUUCAACAAACCCAAACCUAACGCUAAGAAGCGGUAACCGCGCGACGGUAAUUCUUGUCACCUAACAUCAACACAGUAACAUUACAACAUUAAAAUUAUUGUGAAUCGGCAUUUGUUAGUGUCCUUUUUAAACAAUUACAGCGAAUUCGAGUCUUUGUUAAUCUUGAAAGCGCGACCUUUGGCUGUUACUAAUUUAGUUAUUAAAAUUAAUUGUUACAAAAUAUAUGUUCUUGGUGUAUUUUUUUUUUGGUUCCUAAUAUGACAGAUAAACUUUAUGUGAAAAAUGCACUAAUGUCGCCGUGGUGGCUCGCCAAUUCGCUAAUGCAAAUUUUGUUUACUUACACCCUUUUUUAUCUAGUGAAGUUGUUUUACGACAUCAUCGAUCUAGAUCUAGGACCAAGUCUCGAUACGGCUAACUAAUCAUGGAUUCGGUUGUAUCGUGUAAGCUAUCGCAGGUCAAGCCUACUUUUACUUUGGGCGAUUUUUUACUGCGUAUGUGCUUAGCAACUGUUCUGUACUAUAUGAUUUGGGCGGCUAUCACUUUUGUACAUGACUAUACGUGCUGUUACCAACACAACGACCAUAAUUCUCCUAGAAAAAUAAGAUAAUUGUAAAUCAAGUUUUUGAUUGUAGUCUACUUAACACAACUAAUGCCAUAUAUGUUGGGACCCUAAUAAACUAAGACGAAAGAUUGUAAGACCAUAAAAUGAUUGUACAAACGAAAAUUAUGCUUUUUAAAUGUUAUUAACUAUUGCAGAUAUUAUUAAAUUGUACUACUUAUUUUCU